UGUGCUAGGUUGGCUUGGCAAGCUAUUUUAUUUUGGCUAUUUUUGUUAAUUUCUGUGUUGCUGACUUGACAGUUUUGUCUUAAGUAGAGAGAAUGAGCAGCAAAAAGAAACAGAGAAACGCUUUCUUCUUUUACAUGCUCGACAUGCAAGAAGAGCUAAGAAGGCAGGGGAGAAACGUGCCAAUGCCACAAAUGUCUGCUAUUGCUGGGCCAAAAUGGAGCCAACUCUCCGAUGCCGAGAAAGCUCCAUAUCACAUUCGUGCCAAACAUGAGAAGAGGAACCCCACACCAGUCAUUGAUCCAUCAAGGCCACCCAGAGCUGGUAAGAUGGACUGUACAGGAGAGCUUCUAUCGGAACGCAGGGAUUUGGCGGCAGAGCUGGAGGAAAAGAGAAGGAGGCAGGCGGAGAUUUUAAAAUCUUUGUUUACAUCCAAGAGAGGUGCCACUGAUCAAACCAUAUUCCUGUUUGACAUACAGCCCCAGUGCACUUUGAAGGAACUUGAGUCUGACAGAUGGCUGCCUUGUGAAUUGGCCAUCUGUGCCUACUCACUUACUGAAGGCUCAAAGCAUAAUUAUCACUGCUUUAUACACCCUGGACCAAUACCUAUUGGAUACAGGUAUGUGGCUCAGAGCCAGAGUGAUCAGACACAUAUGCUACCGGUAGAUGGCCUCCCUGGCCAAUCAAGAAAAGACUAUCGUCUUAUACUAGCUGAAAUGCAACACUUUAUUGAGACGCACAGAAAAGGCCCGAUUGAGCCAUUACUUUUUGCUAAAAGAGAUGUGUCUGAAAGGGUAGACUUUAUGCUAAAGUGGCUAGCUAGAAAAGCUGGUGUUGAAUUUUUCAUUGAUCAAGUAUAUGAGCUAGAAUUACUUAUAAUGCAGUGGGAUGCUCUUGCUUCUUCAAGUGGACGGAGUUCCCUGACAUUGAUAUAUGUCACAGAAGGACUCUUGAACACUUCUUCCUAUGACUAUGAGACCGGAAUCAAGUGUAAAUUACAUGACAAAGAAGAAAACAAAUUCUGUUCAAUGAGUACUGUGAAGAUUUAUACUUUUGUCUUAUCCGAUCACUUUUGUCCCAAGUUUUCCAUUCCUAUUACUUCAGCUCAUCUCCCAGAGCAACCAAACAUUCCAGCUGGCAUAGUUAAAUCAGACGUUUUUGUUCCCCGUAUGAACAUUCCAAGGGGCGUGGCAGCCUCACAGGAGGUACCUCCCAUUACUAUGGGACGUGGGAGAGGUCGCGGGUUAAGUGGAAAACAGUUGCCAAUACCUCAGGUCCGUGAGCCUGCAAGAUUUACCAGCAAUGGCUCAAAAUGACUCUCAUUUAUUAUACUUUUUUUCAUUAAUCAUUAUCUUUCAUUUUGGUAAAAUCAUUAUUAUUCAUUGACAC